GCGCAUGGCAUAUAAGUAGAGGCGCAGGGCGGGCUGGCCAGUCCUACUUCUGGCGCUGCUCUGCUAGCAAUGGCGCGUUUUGUGGUCUUGGUCCUGCUCGGACUGCUCUAUCUGUCCCACCUGGAUGCCGUCCAGCAUUCUCCAAAGGUUCAGGUUUACUCCCGUCACCCAGCAGAGAAUGGAAAGCCAAAUUUUCUGAACUGCUACGUUUCGGGGUUCCACCCACCACAAAUUGAUAUCACCUUGAUGAAGAAUGGAAAGAAGAUGGAAGCGGAACAGACAGAUCUGUCCUUCAACAGGGACUGGACUUUCUAUCUUCUGGUCCACACCGAAUUUACUCCCACUGUCGAAGAUGAGUAUAGCUGCCAGGUGAAUCAUACUACUCUCAGUGAGCCCAAGGUCGUUAUGUGGGAGCGAGAUAAGUAACCAGCAUCAUGGAGGUUUGAAGAUGGUGCAUUUAAAUUGGACUAUUCCCAAAUCCUGCAUUCUUUUUAAUGCUGUUAGCCUUUUAUGUUCCAUUAUACAAAUCAUAAAGUUAUAUUGAUGAUAAUACAAGUAUAAUCUACUUGAUAAUUCUCUAAUGGGCACUGUCUGGCAUAUUUGACCUGUCUGGGCAUGUAGAUGUACGUUUCAGGGCUGGAAGCUUAGAGGUGGGGUAGGGAGGAGAGCAUCCUCAUGUUUACCAUUAGUAUCUUUGCCAGAUAUGAACUCUCCAGUCUCUUCACACAAAACUCAAUAAGAAUAUAGCUAUGCAUGUUUAGAAUUAACUUCCAAUUUGCAUACUCUGCUGGGAAUUGGGAAACGUUUUGAAAGAUAGCUGUCAAAUUAUUGGUAAACUGUUAUAGUGCAUAAGGCAUUUCCUACAUAAAAUUCCUAUUGACUUCUUGCAUGUUAGAGCCAUUGUUGCAUAUAAUUUGACUUCUGUUGAUUUUGUUUUACUAAUUAAAACAAUGGUAAAAACUU